AGUUCUUACAGAGACCAGGUCUUAUACACUGAUGGAGAAACCGAUAUACCAACCAUUAUGGAGAAACUGGGUAGUCAAGUGGGAGGAUUCGGCCCAGUGGCGAACGCUGUUGGAUUGGGGGCCCUCGUCAUUUCCUUGUUAUUAGAGAACUUGGCUCAAUCCAUGGGGAAACCAACAAUGGGCACAGCUGAUAUACUUCGAAGAGUUUUUGCUGAGGAGAAAGGCAAUGAGGUGCGAGAUCUCAUGGACGAAUAUAUGAAGCGUAUGAUACUCUACUUGAGGCAACAGCAGGACCUGAUUGCUCACACCCGGCAUCUAGAAUCCCAACUUAGCACUCAGCUCACAAGAUUAAGGAACUCCAUGCUGACGGAUAACCAGAUGAGCACUCGGCUUCUUAACCAAUGGGUGAACGGAGCUGCCUUUCACACCCAGAUGUUGAUCCAUCUGGCUCGGUUAGAGGGGUCAGAUGGAACCGUAGCAGUUAGAGCAGCCGAUAUUUACAACAAAGACGUCAACCGUCUUCUAGAGAAAUACCAAAGUUACCUAAUUGAUAAUCUUGAAGGAAAAUAUUAUUCUCCCAUAUAUACCAGCGUGGCAGUUUGUUGCUUUUUCUUUGAAGAGAACAAAAUGAGAGCUACCGGACCAGGAUGUCUUAAAGCACGAAGAACAGAAAAGCUACAGAAAGAGACCAUGACCAUAGAGAAGGACUGA